AUGCACUGCUGGAGGAAACUACAGACCAGCGUGUCACGACCUGGGUCCUCGUUGGGUCACUCUGUGAAUGGGCCAGUGACAGGUUACCGCCAGGUGACUCGCACCGUCACCACAGAGACCGAUGGCCACCCCACCGCCAAGACCUCUGAAUACCAGAUAGAGUACCUCAACCCCUCCAACAGCACAACAGUUUUACAAGAGCUACCACACCGUGAUCUCGCCAUUUAUGGUGAGUUCAUAGAGCAUGAUGUACAACCUGGACGUAACGUAGCCUACAAAACAGUCCAGUACCAGUACAAUACUUCAUCCACAUCUGGAUCAUCCCUUCAAGAUGCCAGUUUGCCAGUGGCAGAUGCCCGCAUGCGGCAGCAGAACAUCACCGAACUCGACUCUCUGCUCGACGACCUUCACACUGCUCAGAAAACAGGAUUUGCAGACGGCAGCGUUUCAAGGCACCAUGGUGGAAUUGAUCCUGGACUACUUGAGCCAAUAGACACAAGCACUCCUAAGUCUGGCCACGUUUCACGUUCGCUGGAGAAGAGGUCAUACCAGGAGCAGCGCUAUGGCAGCGUGGGCCAGAACCGAUCCAGUCCUGCUCCAGAAAGGGAUGUGCGGAAGGAAUUGGUCUUCACUGGUGGCAAUACUAAGAGAGAGCAGCCAUCACCUGCCCCUGUUGCUCGCAAAGAGAUCUACCAUUAUGAGAGCAAGACCACACGCUCAGGAAGUGCCAAUUCUCGAGACUUGUCACCUCCCCAGGAUCGCAGACAAACAUCUCCUUCUCCUGCAAGGCAACAGCUGGCAUCCGUCCGCACCUACAACUACUCCAGCUCUGAUGAGGUACCCAGGACACCUACACUGCACAGGUCACCAUCACCUGCAGGAGGAAGGAGCUCUUCCAGCACAGCAGUCCGCCAGUAUAACUAUUCCAACCGGGACUUCUCUCCUGACAACCACCGUCAACCGCCAGUCCGCUCGCCAUCCCCUACAUCUACUACCAAGGUGACCACUGUCCGAAACUACUACAACACACCACAGGAGCCUCCCAGGAACACUUCUAAGAUCACCACUGUCAACAGCUACUCUUACAACACGUCUUCCCGUGAUACCAGACAAGAAGUUCCUCGCAGCCCACCCCCUCAUCGGUCACCUUCUCCUGUAUCUUUCACCCCUCCACCACUACCCAGCACGAACAAAUCGACCACUGUUAAGACUUACAACUUUGAACAGUCAUCUAAUGCUCCCUACGUAAGGCCUAAAUCGCCACAGCCAGUUCAGAAGUUCAGUCCCUCUGAUCCCAGUCGGACCUUAACUUACCAAGUGUCACCGCCCCCUCUUCAGCCUUCACAGCCCACUGUUAUCACCUACAAAUACUCCAGCCAGACCACUCACUCUACCAAGUACCCUGGAGAGGAGAAUGUGCCACUACUGCCAAGACCAUUCCCCACUCCCUCACCCACCCCAGACCAGCAGCAACAGCAGCCACCCAAGAAACUUGAUGAACUCAUGGCUCAAUUCUCUGAUACUGACAUACAACAUCAUCAAGAAACAUCUACUCGGUACUUGCCUGUGAGGGAACCGGCAGUUCAAAGGAUGGAAGCGUCCCCACCAGUAGCUCCUGCAGCUCCCCCCACACCUCCACCCUCAGGCCCAUCUCCUGCUGCCACUGCUGCGGCUAUGCAGGUCAAAUCCAAGAACAUCGCUGGACCACCAGUAUACUAUCCUCCAGGUGUUGAAUUAUUUGCCAAGAAAGAAGAGUCUAUGAUGCAGUCUCAGAGUGGUGGUGGCAAAUACAAGGCAAAGGCAAAGUAUGAGUACGAGUCCAGCAGCAAAAUGAAGACGAAAGAAAGUUCUGGAAAGGCCGUAGUUCCUGUGUGUCUUCCUGUUUGUUGUGCUAUGCCUUGUGUUAUAAUGUGAACCGUCCAUAAAAACUGUUUUGUGCUUUAAGUCAAAAUGUCUGUAAAUUUAUAGAACCUGCCAUUUUUGUGGUAAGAUUAAUAUUAAAUAAUAUUUUUAUGAACAUAGUAGAUUAUAUUUAAUAUUUUUCUCCUUCUAUAUAGAAAACUUUUAGUGGACUUAGUAUAUCUGUUGAUCAGUUUAGGAAUUUUGUUCAACUUGGUGAAGUGUUCAAUUGUUCUAAAUAAACAUGCUCACUACUCUGCUUAAUUAA